AUGGAAGAGAAGAAGAAAAACGAAGCCCGAGAGGCAAAGAAGAAGAAAAGGGAGAGUGAUACGAAGCAACCAACGUAUCGCGGUGUACGCAUGCGCCACUGGGGAAAAUGGGUUUCAGAAAUAAGAGAGCCCAGAAAAAAGUCCAGAAUCUGGCUCGGCACUUUUCCCACGCCAGAAAUGGCGGCCCGAGCCCACGAUGUGGCGGCUCUCACUAUCAAAGGCACUUCCGCUUUCCUUAACUUCCCCGAACUAGCCUCACACCUUCCACGCCCGCCCACCACUUCCCCUAAGGAUAUCCAAGCCGCCGCCGCCGAAGCUGCUGCACUAAAUUGCGAGGCCAAGGCCCAAGCCCAAACCCAAACCCAUAUGAGCUGCUCAAUGUACUCCUUGUUAAACGAUGGCGAUGACGCGUUCUUGGACCUCCCUGAUCUUUUAGUUGACUCAAGUCAGAGUGCAGGUGGGUUUCGUUACUCCGCGCCGUGGCUCGUUGCCGGAGCUGAACAUCUCGACUCGGCUUUUCGGCUCGAUGACCCUCCUUUUCCCUGGAACUCUUCACCUUAA